GGCCCCCUACUUUCUCGCCAUUCCAACGUUCAGCGCUCUGGUCAUCAAUUUGAAGCGAUUUCAGUUGUGGGCUGCCGUUAAACGGAUACGUGUGCUGAACUUUUCUCGUAUACGUCGUAUUUUGCGUUGCGUUUUUGUUACGGGAUGACGGAUUUUAAGCAGCAGUACAAAAAUCCGCGUCCAGGUUUCGGUGACGCGGAUCAUAGAAGAUUUUUGCGCGCCUGCAACCACGAUAAAUCUCGUAAGGAAGUGAGAUCGCGGGCGUUCGACAAGAACCGCAACUUGCCAGGCGUUUCACCGAUUUUGAAGCAAGAUGUAUCUACCAUUACUGAUGAGCGUCUGAAAAAAUUAAUAAGAUGGAAAGAAGCACGAGACAGAAAAAAGAAGUUGGAAACUAUCACGAAAAAACCUGCUUUUAAGGUUGGUGUUGUUCACCACUCUUUAUGUUCACCGCUAUUGAAAAGCAAAUCUAUAACAUCUGCAAAAACAUUAAAGAAAACACAGCAACCAGAUCAUAUCCAGAAACGAAUUACAAGAGCUACUGAAAAACGAUUACUUGCAAAAGCAGCUGCUGCUAAACAAGCAGCAAAGAAUCUACCUUUGGUGCUGACAAAACAUCAUCAGAGUAUCAAAACAUCAUCUCCUAAUAUGAAAAAAUCAUUUGCUCCUGUUGAUUACCGUUUUAAGCCUCCAUCUGGUUUGCAAGAAAUAUCUCUAUUUGGUCUUGUAUCAAUAGAAGAAACACCACAAGAAAAAUAUAUUUCAUCAAAUACACAAAUUUUUGAUGAUAAUACAAAGAAUUUCAAAACUUUUACAAGUCCAAAAUUAUCACUAAAGAAACGAAACUCGUCAGAUAACUUAAAUAAAUCGCCUAUUUAUAAUUCAAAUGAAUUGAAUAGGACUAUAACAAUAACCUCGUCAUUAAAAGAAGAAAAGAAUCAAAUAGACGUACAAAACCCACAGCAAGAAAAAAAUACUUCAUUAAGUACUGAUACAAAAACGCCCCCAUUAAAAAAUAUCAUUACAUCUUCUGAGAAAGAAAAUCAUACUAUGAACGAUCUUAUUGUCUUUUCACCAUACCUUACUCGAAGCCGUGGAAAGAGAAACUCGAGACUAGAGGGACAGCAGCGUCUGGGUAUUGGUCGUCGAUCUGAUGAAAUUCCCACUAAGGAUACUGUUAUGCAAAAUUUAAACAUAUGCGUGGAACAAGAGGAGCGCACUGCUCAGUACUUCAAAUUUCUUGUGAACAAGGAAACAGAUAGACUUAAGCAAUUGUGUAAGAAAUGGCUGGCCAUUAGAUUAGAGACGGAUGUUCCAGAGGAUGCCACAUAUGAAAUACAACAAGCAGUUGGACAGAUAAAUUUGCUGAUAAAUAAAAAGUUUGAGAGAUUUCGACGUUUGGUGCAGGAUUGUGAAACUGGUAAAGGAGAAAUGUUGGUUACAUGCAGAGAUUUACAGGGAUUUUGGGAUAUGAUGUACCAAGAGGUCGAGGAUUGUAACAUGCAAUUUGAGAGAUUGGAGGAACGUCGAAACAGAGAAUGGCGGGAGGAAGAACGCACUGCUCAAUACUUCAAAUUUCUUGUGAACAAAGAAACAGAUAGACUUCAGGAAUUUUGUAAGAAAUGGCUGGCCAUUAGAUCAGAGGGGGAUAUUCCAGAGGAUGCUACAUAUGAAAUACAACAAGCAGUUGGACAGACAAAUUUGCUGAUAAAUAAAAAGUUUCAAAGAUUUCGACGUUUGGUGCAAGACUGCGAAACUGGUAAAGGAGAAAUGCUGGUUACAUGCGAAGAUUUACAAGGAUUUUGGGAUAUGACGUGCCAAGAGAUCGAGGAUUGUAACAUGCGAUUUGAGAAGUUGGAAAAACGUCGAAACAGAGAAUGGCAGGAGGAGGAACUUACUGCUAAGCCUGUUAAAAAACGAAUGCCUGUUAAAAAACAAAAGUCUGCUAAAAAUCAAACUGUGUCAUCAAAGCAAAGUAAAUUACAAUCUUUUAUCUCAGCUGCCAGAAAGAAAACCAAAAAGGAAACAGGGACAUUGAAUAUGGAAGAUUUAUUACAAGAUGUACAUAUAAAUGAAAAACCGAAAGAUAAUAGAAAGUUUUUAACCAUGUCUGCAGAAAACGCCAAUACUCGACACAAUGCGAGAAGAUCCAAAUCCCUAAAUAAUCUUAACGAAACUAAAUCAACUCCUCGACAUGAAAGCAAGAGCUCUAGACCAAGUUCUGUACAAAAAGUGCAAUUUUCUGACAAAUCUAAAAGAAUGAGGAGUCCACAUAUAGUUAUGAAAAUAAGUCAAAAAUGCAAGACACCUGAGGUUCAAUUAGAUGACACAAUAUUAUAUGUUAAUUCCGAUCAAACUCCAGGCAAGAGUAUCUUAAAGAAAUCGGAGGAAUUAGAAAGCAAGGAAGCUCGCAUAAAGUCCGCGCAUAAAGUCAAUUUUGACGAUACAGUAUUUUUGACUGAGGUCCCUCUUGACGAAGAAGCGCAGAAUAAAUUGAGUUUAGCUGCUGCAUUAAAUAGGAUAGACAGUUUAGAUUUGGAUGAGAUAUAUCAGUCUCCACCCGAUAAUGUUGAAAAAAGAUUAGACUUUGAAGAUUCUAGUAGUACUGACGAUAUGAGCGAAUUAGGACUUGACAUAGUACCAAUAGAAAAACGAAAUAAACGUAAAUCAUCUGUUCAGAUUACUUCAGAUAUUGUGCAUCCACUUACCGAUAUAACAUCUAUUGAAGAACCAUCGUUAAAAAAUAAUGGGGAGAUAACAUCAUCUAGGAAAAGCUUAAGAAACCGAGUUCAACAUAAAGAACAUAACACCUCAAACAAAAAAGACGAUGAUGACUUGUUUUUAACACAAACUCACAUAGAUGAUAAAAUAGCUAUACCUGAUGAAAUAAUUUCAAAUGAUAUGGACAAUUUUGAUUUAGAAAGGAAAGUUCUCAGAAAUAGAACUGUCCUAACAAAUAAUACUCCAAAAAGUAACAGAACUAGUAAAAUGAUGACUCCAAAAAGGACAAGUGUUAGCAAAGAAAGAAAGAGUUCUAUGAAAUCAAGAAAGAAUUCAUUAAAAUUAUUGGAAAAAGAUGAAAAUAAGUAUAUGACACCAAAUAAGAGUAAUACAAUAGAAGAAAAAGAAGUAACAUUAAUGGACGAUAUAGAAAAUGUGGAUAAUAUUAAAAAAAAGAGAUCACUUCGAAAAAGUGUUGCAUUUGAUGAAACGUGUGUGGCAUGUGCCGAGAAUAAACCAGUGCUUCCUAUGACUCCUUAUGUACGUCGUAGCAAGACGCCCUCAAGACAGAGGCGGAGCAAACAUGCAUUGCAAGAUAACGAUCUUAUAUCAUGGAACACGCCUGACGAAAAACAACGUCCUCGAAGAGUUACUAGAUCUCAAUCAGAUUUUUAAUAAUUUUUUUACGUAUAUAUUUAUAUGUUGUAUAUUUUAUAUGAAUGACACUUUUAUAGCGAGUUCGAUUGGACUGUACUAGUGGGCACCAGUGCAUAUAAAAGCUGCUGCAUGCUAAUCUAAGUUAAAUGUUAAAAUAACAUAUCGUUACGUUGUUCUUGUACGACAUGAGAAUUUUAAUAUGCACUAUCGCUAUCAGACCACUGCUAAUUAUUUAUCUGUAACACGUAUACAUGCGUGUGCAUAUAAAUGUAUUAUAGAAUAUUUCAUUUGUUUGAUUUAACGUAAUUUAAAAGAUAUUCAAUAUAAGAAAAAUAUUUUUUCUAUAUUGAAUGUCUUUUAAAUUACGUUUUCAAUUUAUAUUCAUUAUUUCAAUGUAUUGAUGAUUUUACAUAGCCUUAUAAACUUUUAAAUAUUGAGAAUAAUUCAUAAACAAUUAUAAGAUUUGUUGUAAAAAAAUAAUUAUGGAAUAAAAAAAUAAAAUAGAG